UCACUUUUUCCCCAUUAAGCAUCCUAUAUAAAGGGAAUAGGAUAGGAUGCUUAAUGAUAAUUAAGAGUCCGACUUAUUCCUUGCUGGUGCCACUUUCUCUAAAUUCAAAGUUUUGUGUCUUGUGCCUUUCCCCAGGAGCCAUGUGGUUUGCUUUCCUGUUGCUCCUGCUUGGUCAGCAGCUCAGCCAUGGCAACAGCUGCCCUGGUGCCUGCCAAUGCUACACGAAUGGUGCAGUGCAGUGCCAGGGGGGAAUCAGAGAUGUGCCCUCCCCAAUACCUGUCAAUACAAACCACCUGUAUUUGAUUCGGACUCAGAUAACAGCUCUGGGUGAGCAAAGCUUCCAGCAGUUGUCGUUUUUGCUCCGACUGGGAGUCAGUCAUGGUCCUCUAAAAACCAUCCACCCUGCAACAUUCGACUUGGUGCCACAGCUCCUCUCCCUGAAGUUAUCAUCCAACGAGCUCUCCUUCUUACCCCUUCAAGUGUUUGGAAAUCUGUCUGGUCUUGAGCAGUUGUUUCUUGACACCAACUAGCUAGUGUCACUUCAGCCAGGCUUAUUUGAUGCCCUCCUGAAUCUGACUCAACUGGACCUCAGCAAAAACCUCCUCACACACCUUGACAGAGACAUCUUCCGGAAUCUUAUCGGCCUCCGCUUCCUGAAUUUGGCACAAAAUUUUCUGAGCCAACUUCCUGGUACCAUAUUUGGCUCUUUGACUAGCCUACGGUACCUUGCGCUCUACUCAAAUCAGUUGGUGACUUUCCAAGUCGGCACCUUCAGCAACCUGACGAACCUUCUUGGACUUGACAUCUUCAAGAACAAGAUUGAAAACAUCCCACCUCAUCUGUUCUGGUCCCUGUGCAACUUAGAGAACCUCACCUUAUCCUCCAAUGCACUCCAGCAUAUCCCAGGUGAGAGCUUCUACUACAUGCCUAAACUCACUAAACUCACCUUCUACAAAAACCCUCUCACUUUCUUACCAGAGCAACUCAUUGGGCAUGUGCCAAGACUAAAACAGUUUUACCUGUAUGAAACAGAGUUAAACACUGUCCCAGAGAAUUUAUUUGCUAACAUGACCGCACUGGAAAGUCUUUCACUCAACAUUAACAGAAAGCUGGAGCAUCUGCCAAGGAAUAUCUUCUGUUGCCUGCCCAACCUCCAUAGACUCAACCUACAUUCAAACAAUUUACAGUCUUUGCAUCAUGACAUUUUCUCUGCCCUGAAUAACCUCAGUUCCCUAAUUCUUCAUUCCAACAAGCUUCACUCCCUCCCAGGUGAUAUCUUUCACAAUCUUCCAAGACUUGCAGACAUCAGUCUACACAACAACAACUUUGAAUCCCUUCCUGGCAAUGUUCUAUCAAUGGUAUCUUCGCUGAGGAAAGUCACCCUGCAGAACAACCCCUGGAAUUGCACCUGCAACAUCCUGGAUCUUGCGGAAUGGAUGAGCCACAGGCAGAGAUUAAUCAGUGAUUAUGAUCAUGUGCUGUGCCAAGUGCCCUCUCGAUUACUGAACCACACUGUGGGCUCACUGACCUCUGAGUUCCUUCAGUGUGGAAGCCCAUCUGUUGAAGGUCAUAUGGUCCCAUUCUUCCCCACAGACGUAAGCAGGAUUGCGACAUCUGGCAGUUUAGACAAACAUCUGGUCACUUACUCUUCUAGAGAAGCUAGUACCAUAACCACUGAUACUGUGUCCUCAGAGAAAACAUCAAGUCCCUCCUUGUCUCUUAAAACCUCUUAUUUCUCUACAGCAGGAGCUGCUAAUAAGAUUAAGUCAAUUCCAUCAACUGCAACUCUCGUGACAUCUCCGUCAAACACCCCCACAUUUCCACACACAACAUCUGAAGGCCACACAACAGAAGGCAGUUCCUAUGCUUCCUCUGGAGCUUUUUAUGAAGUUGUUGUACUGGAGGCCAAAAACAGCAUUGUACAUAAUAACCGCUACAAGGGCUGGGUUUACCUAUGGAUGCUGCCCCCGAGUGGCCCCUACAGCACAUUCCUGAUAACUUUACAUAUCAUUCUGGUGGCAACAGCGAUGAGUUUGCUCAUAGCCAAUGCUUUUGCCCAAUACAGACUAAACAAUUGCUUCACAUUGGCUACAAAUUAGGAAGUCCCAGUGUACUCUGGACUCAGAGAGGACAUGAAACCAAAAUGAGAACACUGUGGUAUCCCUGACUCAGAUUU